AUGGUCGUCAAAUUAAGACUCGCCCGCUUCGGGCGAACCAAUGCACCCUUCUACAAUAUUGUCGUCGCACAUGCAAGGACGGCACGAAAUAGCAAGCCUCUCGAGGUCAUAGGAACGUACGAUCCCAUACCGAAGAAGGAUUCGUACGACACGUCUGGGAAACUACACAAGGACAUCAGGAUCGACAUCGACCGGGCCAAGUACUGGAUCGGUGUUGGGGCACAGCCGACGGAUACGGUCUGGAGGUUUCUCUCAAUGGUGGGUAUCUUG